UCUUGCCUCCUCGUUUCCUCCCUCUUUCCCUCUCCCAUCAUUUCAAACACCCUACCACCUUCAUUUCUUCCUUCACUCCUCUAAAUCUUUAUUCAUUCACUAAAUAUUCCAUUCCCACUAACCCAAAUGUUCCAUUAACUUCAAUCUUCAAUUUACCAUUACUAGUUUACUACCUUCUCAUCUCAUUUUCUUCUCCCUCUUCAAAUCCCUCAAUUCAAUCAUGGGUUUCACGGCCCAAAAGAGGCCCACCGCAGUCUCCACCAACGGCACUCUUCCAACCACAACCUCUUCCUCCACUUCAAGCCGUCUUCGUGGGCCCCACGGCCGCCAAAUCGCUAAAACAAUGAACAACAUUAAGAUUACCAUUCUAUGUGGCUUUGUAACCAUUUUGGUUCUUCGAGGCACCAUAGGGUUGAAUCUUGGAAAUACCCAAUUUGAUGCGGAGAAGCAGCAUCUAGAAGAAGAAGCUAGACGGGUGAUCGCUGAGAUUCGAUCCGAUGGCGCUGAACCAGAUGAUGAACCUGUUUUUAAUCCCAAUACCACAUUCACUUUUGGGCCAAAGAUUGUGAAUUGGGAUCAACAAAGGAAAGUAUGGCUUGAAUUGAAUAAAGGCUACCCGAAUUAUGUAAAUGGGAAACCUCGGAUGCUGUUGGUAAGUGGGUCUCCUCCUAAUCCUUGUGAUAACCCAAUUGGGGAUCAUUAUUUGCUCAAGAGUAUCAAGAAUAAAAUUGAUUAUUGUAGGCUUCAUGGGAUUGAAAUUGUGUAUAAUAUGGCUCAUUUAGAUAAGGACCUUUCUGGGUAUUGGUCUAAAUUGCCUUUGAUUCGUCGCCUGAUGUUGUCUCACCCUGAAAUUGAGUGGAUUUGGUGGAUGGAUAGUGAUGCUUUGUUUACUGAUAUGGUUUUUGAGAUUCCUGUUAAAAAGUAUGAGAAUUUUAAUUUGGUUAUUCAUGGAUACCCUGAUUUGUUGUAUGAGAAAAAGUCUUGGAUUGCUUUGAAUACUGGAAGUGUUUUGUUUAGGAAUUGUCAAUGGACUUUGGACUUGUUUGAUACUUGGGCUCCUAUGGGUCCUAAAGGUCCUACUAGGGAUGAAGCAGGUCGGAUAGUGACCGAGUUUCUGAGUGGAAGACCUGCAUUUGAAGCUGAUGAUCAGUCUGCUUUGAUUUACCUGUUGAUCUCUCAAAAGGAUGUUUGGAUGGACAAAGUGUUUGUAGAGAACUCAUAUUAUCUGCACGGGUUUUGGACCGGAUUGGUGGAUAGGUACGAAGAGAUGUUGGAGAAGUACCACCCGGGUUUGGGUGAUGAAAGGUGGCCAUUUGUGACCCAUUUUGUGGGUUGUAAGCCUUGUGGGAGUUACGCAGACUAUCCUGCUGAGAGGUGUUUGAAGAGUAUGGAGAGAGCUUUCAAUUUUGCUGAUAAUCAGGUGUUGAAGUUGUAUGGUUUUAGACAUAGGGGUUUGUUGAGUCCGAAUAUAAAGAGGAUGAGGAACGAGUCUACUACGCCGCUGGUGUAUGUAGAUCAGUAUGAUGCCCGCCAUGGCGGAUCAAAGUCAUGAUAUACUAGAUUUGUUCAAGGGUAGUGUAAGUUAUCCUUAUUGGGUUCGGCUGAUUGUAACAUGAUUAGAGUGAUCAUGCGCGAGUUUCUUCUUUUCUGUUUUGUGUGUUAAACUCACCAAAUUGUGCAGGAUUCAAAGAAGCCCCUGACAGAGAAGAAAAGAGGAGGAAAUUUUUAUGCAUACAGUUCAAAUUAUGUUCUCCAUCUUGGAUGUGGAAUGGAAUAUACAUGGUUUUGACGAGAAACAAAAAUGUGUUGAGUUUCUCGUUCUUUAUACAGAUUGUAUUCAUACAUUAAUGAAGUAAACUGUCAAUUUGUCACA